UGUAGUGCACGUAGACUUUCGUGCAACCUUAUCGUUUACUUUGACCUGGAACCAACUCAACAUGGAGUAUGGUGUUGUUUUAGUAAUGUUGUUAGCUGUGGCAUUUGCCAUAAACAGUCACGAGGAUCAUAAGUAUGAUAAUCUUCUAAAUGAAGUUUCGGCUUUGAAGACAUUCGUAUUCAACAUGAACGUUGAAUUGGAUAAGGUCCGAAAAAAGUACGAUGACGUGCACGAGGAGCUCAGAGCAGUCAGGAGUGAACAGCAAGUCAUGGACACGUAUCCCAUAACUCCGAAACCAGACGCAUAUAACAACUAUCCAAAACGCAACGAAGACAACGGGGGAACAAUUCAACAGAACACAAGGGCAGCAGCAAAUAUGCCAACCUUCCAUUUGUCCAGUGUUUGGAAUGGAUCGAAAGCAGCAUUCGGGCCGAAGGGUGAAAAGGUAGAUUCGGGCCCCCAAGGACUUCAAGGAGUCAAGGGAACAAUCGGGCCUCCGGGGUCAAAAGGGGAAAACGGACACAAAGGAGGCAACGGGAAAAUUGGAAUCGCGGGACCGAAAGGGGAUAUCGGGACAACUGGAUCAAAGGGACAGAACGGGGCCAAUGGGAGACCUGGUACUACUGGACCUAAGGGACCAAAAGGCAACACAGAUUUUGAUGAACCAGGUGGCAAAGGAAGUCAAGGAUACAUGGGACUCAUUGGUCAAAAGGGUGAACCAGGACAAACCGUAGCAGGAACAAACACGAUGGUCGUAUUUUCAGCUAUGGUGAUAACUCCAAUACUUAACAUCAAGAAAUACGCCGUGAUUGAGUUUAAAGACCAAAAGCUGAAUAUUGGUGGCUUUUACAAUCCCGUUAACGGAAUAUUCCGAUGCGGCGUGCCCGGUGUUUACAUGUUCUCAUGGUCCAUAGUUGCCAAUGCUGGAUAUGAUUUGAUCACCAGUUUAGAUGUUAACGGAGUAUCGACGGGAAACGUCAUUGUUGAUAAUCCAGCCCAAAAUGUAAGCAGUGGGUCUAACACUGUCGUACUUGAUUUGAACCGUGGAGAUGUUGUUGCUGUUAAGGUCUGGGAAACUUCAACGGGAGCCGGGCUACUCAUUGGACGUGGUUCUUCAUUCUCUGGAUAUUUACUUCACUAAUAAAUAUGUAACAUUUCAUCUAGUGCGAGUGUUUGCUCAAAUUUUCUCAAACGAAAAA